CACCCGGGGGAGCGGCCGGCGAGCGGGAUCUCAGGGCGCAGGCGGGGCUUGCAGGUUGGGGAGUGUUCAGACCGCCCUCCCGCGGCCACACGCACUGCCAGGCGGAAGAUUGAGCAACGCGGAGGCACCGAGCUGCUGCUGCUGCGCACCCGGGUUUCUGGUCGGUGACAUCGGAGACCAGCACCAGCCAUCGCCCCAGGGCGCGUGAGCCACCAUGCCUGCGCUGAAAGUCUGCAUCGUUGGGUCUGGGAACUGGGGGUCUGCUAUUGCAAAAAUUAUUGGCAAAAAUAUCCAGAAGUCUAACAGGUUUGAUCCUGUUGUGAAGAUGUGGGUGUUUGAAGAAAUCAUAAAUGGGAGGAAACUCACAGAGAUCAUAAACAAAGAGCAUGAAAAUGUGAAGUAUCUUCCAGGACAUACGUUACCUAAAAAUGUGGUGGCUGUAGCAGAUGUGGUGGAAGCAUCGGCUGGGGCAGAUAUUUUCAUCUUUGUUAUACCCCAUCAAUUCAUUACACGAAUUUGUGACCAGAUUAUUGGUCACAUAAAACCUGGAGCAUUCGGCAUUUCACUGAUCAAGGGGGUUGAUGAGGGUGCCGAAGGCUUGAAGCUCAUAUCAGACAUCAUUCGAGAGAAACUGAAGAUAGAAGUCAGCGUGCUCAUGGGGGCCAAUAUAGCCAGUGAAGUGGCUGAUGAGAAGUUCUGUGAAACCACCAUUGGGUGCAAAAAUGAAAAGCAUGGGCAGAUCUUUAAAGAAUUAAUGCAGACCCCAAAUUUCAGGAUUACCGUGGUGGAUGACUGUGAUACAGUGGAGAUCUGCGGAGCCUUAAAAAACAUAGUAGCAGUAGGAGCUGGAUUCUGCGAUGGAUUGGACUUUGGCGAUAAUACUAAAGCAGCAGUCAUUCGUUUGGGCCUCAUGGAAAUGGUAGCCUUUGCAAAGCUGUUCUGCAGGGGUCCAGUAUCAAUAGCUACUUUUCUGGAGAGCUGCGGCGUUGCUGAUCUAAUCACUACAUGCUACGGGGGGCGCAACAGGAAAGUAGCGGAAGCCUUUGUGCGGACAGGAAAAUCAAUUGAGGAGCUGGAAAAAGAGAUGCUGAAUGGACAAAAGCUACAGGGUCCUCAGACUUCAGCUGAAGUCUAUAAGAUGCUGAAACAGAAAAACAUGGUUGAUAAGUUUCCAUUGUUCUCAACUGUCUACCAGAUCUGCUAUGAGGGUAGGUUGGUCCAGGAAUUCAUCUCUUGUCUACAGAAUCAUCCACAACACAUGUAAGAAUUUCAUGUGGCUCAUCUGGAUGUGCAUUCAUCUCUUCUGGGCUUCUCUCGACUUGGUAGUAAAUAAAAGCAGCCAAAUAAGUCAUGUGGCACAUAACUCUUCUUGUAAAGGCAACGUAGAAAUUUUUUUUUGUACAGUCAGCCUGAAUAUUUCAAUAUUAUCUCCAAGGAAGUAGGAUGGAUACAGGAUUGAAUAACCUUAAUAUGGGUUUGACUUUGGUUGGUCUUUUCAGAAUCAACCCUAGGAGAAUUCUUUUCUUUCCUGUUGAUUAUAAGUAAGGCUAAAGAGUUUGUCACAAAUGUUUUUAGUAAAAGUCACGGACAGGUCAUGGGCAAGACAGAGAAAUUUUCUUCACGGAAGCCAUAACCUGUCCAUGACUUUUACUCAAAAUAUCCCUGACAAAAUGGGGAUCUGCGGAUCCCCGCACUAUGGGGCAGCGAUGCAGGGGCAAGGAGCCGCCUGCAGCAGUUGGUGGUUGUGGGGUACCCCUACCACCUGCAGCUCCUGGCGUCUCCCAGGUGCCAGGAGCUUGGGGUCCCCACUGCAGCCCGGGGCUGCCCGCUACCUGCGGUGUCUGGGAGCUUGGGGGUUCCCCUUGGCCUGCAGCGGCUGGGAGCUUGGGGUUCCCCUGCCACCCCUGGCCUGAAGCUGGGUAGGGGUUUCCCUCACCCCCCAGCACCUGGAAGCUGCAGGGGUUACCCCGCCAGCUGGGGUGGCAGAGAGCUUGGGGCUCCCCUGCCACUGCAUGCCAGGAGCUCCGGUUCUCCUGCUGCAACGCCCACAGAAGCUGGGAGGUCGGGGUUUUUCCUGCCACCGCCAGCAGGGAGCUCGUUCCCCAGCCCGCAGUUUGGGGGUUUCCUUGCGGCCCAUGGUGGCUGGGAACUCCGGGGGCCAGUGGGUGGUGUGGACUCUGCAGCUCCCAACCAUCGCAGGCUGAAGUCAUGGAUUCCGUGACUAAAUCGGAGCCUUAAUUAUAAGCAGUCCCCAUACUCAUCGGCCCCCCACCCGCAUAAAAUCUAAUUCUCGUGCAUCUUAUCACUUUGCCCACUAAUAUUUCUCAUACAGAAACAGUGCAAAGAUGCAUGUAAUUUGGAGAAAAACCACUUGGAAAAUAAAUCAAAAUUAGUUAACUUUUCCUUAAGAAAAGACUACUUCAGUAUUGUCAAGUGGACAAACGUGGGCUUAUACAGUUCCCCUAAAAUACAAUUCCAUUUCAAAAGCAAGGUGUCAAUACAAUUUCUUACUCAAUUUGAUUUCCUAAUAGAAAGCUUGUGGGAAAGGGUAAUUGUUACUCUACUCAUAUGACUGACUGUUCAGUAGACACAAACAGAGCAGUUUAAUAUAAUGAAAAUCUUACCUCUGAAGCUUCCAAGUGUCCUGGUGAGGGAUUUUCAUUAAUUUCUUUUCUUAAAGUACAAGGAUUUUGGAGAAACUAAAUAACACUGCAAAAUGCAUCUGUUUAGCGUCAGUAUUUCUCAACAAUUGAUGACUAAUGAUAAUUACUAGGCAAGAUAGUAAAAUGUAUCUAAGAUUGAUAAUUAGGGUCCAAGCUUCACCCUGAUGUAUACCAUGUGCAAUGUUGUUGAUUUCAAUGGGGUUACAAGUUUGCAAAGAGGGGUAGAAUUUGGCCAGUGAAGUUAAAGCCCUUGAUGUUUCACUGCUACACACGCACAAAAUAAUUGCUAUAAACGCACAGACUUCCUAUAUGAUUACAUUGGUGAAUGAAUCUGCUGCAUUUUAACUCUAGGUAGGAGGCCCCAUUAGAGGCCAGUGCAACUUCAUGCAUCAUCCAGUAGACACUGCACUGCAGCCAUAGCCCUGCUCCUCCUAGAGAUUAAGCUAGCCAUUUCCAUCAUGCAUUCUACACUCAAAAAGAUCUACAUCACUUCUGAAUCUUAGUGACACCCAUGCUGACUCAUGCACCAAUGUUUUAAUUUUGCUACAGUUGGCAGCCAGAUUUCAAGGCUGUAAUUUAACUUUUUGAACACUGUUUUAUAACUAUUUGGGUAACUUUGCAUACUUGAUGUUUUCCAGGGUUAAAAGCCAUCUAUGAAUGAAUUGUGGUACUUUUUUAUAUUCCAACCUUCUGAAAAACACAUGUACAUUAAGAAAGGAUGUAACCUACUUUUUGCACAAAAUUGCCUCUAUUUCGCUGUCAUGCGAGGGCAUAAGUUAGUGUUUUAUAAAUUCUCUAUACAAAGACUGAAAGUAAAGGUUUUUACAUUAGAUUUUUUUCUUCCACAUUUAACAAGAACCCUGUUACAUCCUUGACAUUGAUUUGUUCAGAUUAAAAAUAUAGAACCAUGGGGAA